UCCUCUCCUCUCUGCUCAGGCGCUUUCUCUCAGUCUGCUGGGUGAGAUCAUUACAAGACACCAGGCUCCAGGACCUGACAUUCACGGGAAAAGCAGAGAGAGAAAAGGAGCGCGAGGGAGAGAAGACGAAGAAGAAGAAGAAGCAGAAGAAGAAGAAGAAGAAGAAGAAGAAGAAGAAGAAGAGGGAACCGGUGAUCCGACGCAACCGGCGACAAACAGCGACCCACAGCACCGUGUCCAGCCUCGGCUCUCCUGUGCUCCGUGCUGACGCGUAAAAAGCGCGCUCUCGCCGCUGACAUUUCCCCGCUGGAUUUUUUGGGCUUGUAGUCGGAUGCGGGCUUGUUUUGACUGCAGUAACAGUGCUACUCACCCCCACCACCGCCACCGUCACCUCCUCCUCCUUCCCUCCUGCCUAACCGAGUAGCGGAUUUGCGAGGGAUCUCAGCUUCGGCGAGUGAGCAGCGAUCCUGCGCGGCUUCGCAGACGCACCGCGCACCAAAGCAGCUCGCACGCGUCAGUCCGCAGGAGCACUGGACAGAUCUGAUUUCUCUGAGGAAUUGGACACAAGCGCCAAGUUUCCGAUUGGGUUUUUUCUCUCUCUCUCUCCCCUCCUCCUGUUUUUCUACCUUCCUCUGUCAUCAGAUCGAGUGCAGAAAAAAAAAAUCCUAUAUUCGCCUCUUUUCCCCCCUUCCUUCCUUUCCUUUGCUUCCUCUCCCUCUCUCCAAAGCACCGUUGACGCCAUUUUCCUCCGGGUUUUCUUUCAAAAAUAUACCCGCACGGUUUUUUUUCUGCACCGUGUGACAGCUCCCCGGGAGGCUGUCAUCCCAUCCGUCGCUUGCGUAAAAUGUGUCCAAAUGGAUUGUAAAUGAUCGUGAUGAAAUAUUUACACGUUCGAGCCGAGACUGUGACAACAUUUAGACAUGGACUGUCCCUGGCUUCGCUGUGAUCCCGUGGGACAACCAACCGAACCCCAGUAGCUGACCGAUAACAACCAACCCGUCGGACAGACCUCUGUUCUCUUUCCUCCUUUUGGCUGGCCGCCACAGCUUCCCCCAUCCUAACUGGCUUUGGCUGGAGUGUGGAUGGAGCCAAGGGAUCUGGUUGGCUCGGCCCAACCCAACGAGGUGGAGUUAAAGGGAGGCAGGGUGGGGCCAAAUGAAGAGGACCGGGAAGGAGCACGAGACAUUGGUUUGGUGUGCGGUGACGAUGUGAUUAACGGUGGCAUCAGUGAAGGGGAGGGGCUUGAGGAGCAGGGGGAGGGGCUUCUGGAAGAGCAGGAGUUCUCCAUCAAGGAAGCGAGUUUCCAGGAAGGAAGUCUAAAGCUGAAGAUCCAGACCACCAAGCGCACCAAGAAGCCUCCUAAGAGCCUUGAGAACUACAUUUGUCCGCCAGAGAUCAGGAUGACCAUCCGGCCUCCAGCCGGAGAGGGCAAAGCGGGGCGGCAGGGACGAACAGGAGGCGGUGCGGGGAGGGGCCAGAAGGAUGAAGAACGAGGACCGCCCAGAAAAAGGACAUACGAGCGCCAGUUCAGGAUGCCUGAGCAGAGAGAAGGAGGCCUGCUGCAACUACUGGGAGAUCACACUCCACAAAAACACCAGCUCCGCGGCUCCCUCCAUCCUGCACACGCCAUCUCACACACACAGCACGCCCUUGCGCAACAGUUCCAGCACCAACACCAAAUCAAUACACACUGGCUCACAUCCACGGCACCUUCUGCAUCCCCAGCAAAUUCAGAAGAUCGUGAUCUAGCCAGAGAACAGUCAGGAGCCAGUCGGAGCAAUUUGCUUGAUCCCAGUCAACCUUUCUCACAUACAGCAACACAUAGCCCCUCACCACAGAGAUCCCUGACUCCAGACCUGCAGUUGCCAGUGGUUACUGAUGCCAGUAUUCUCAACCUGACCUCUCUCAGCAGGGGGAGGGGUUUGCAAGAAGUUAGCGAACAGCUCUUUGGGAACAUCAAGAGGAAGUAUGGCAGGAAAGACUCCCAGAGGAUGCUCUGUAACCCACACAGUGCUGAUUCACCGUGGGGAAAGCAGACAGAGAAAGGAUCGGAGAGCCCAACUCAUUCAGAGAAGUACAGGCAAGAGGAGGCCACCGAACGGGUCCAUGAAGAAAGAGAGGAAAGGAGAAAAGAGGAUAGGGAGCGAGCAAUUGCUGGGAGGAAAGGAGAUGAAGAGAGCAGGGGGAUGCUCAUGCUUACAGAGGAGGGGAAAGGACGAAAGAGGCGGAGGAGGCCUUCUUUUGACGAGUCAUUUUCCGUUCAGGAGCAAUCACAGCAACGGCAGGAUUCGGACACUACAGAAAAACACCAGUCUGGGCCGCCUGAACCCAAAGUAGCACAUAAGAUGGAGACUCACAGAAAUGAUUCUCGUCCCACAAGAGAAGCUGAUGUCAAUGGAGAGAGGAUGGAAAAAGCAGAGAGAGCAGAUAAAGGUGAUAAAAGAGAAAAGGGAGAGAGGACGGACAGGGCUGAAAGAGGAGACACAGUAACAAGCAGGACCGACUCAGAGUCAGCUUUGAGUACAAACAGAAUGAAAAAGAACCCAGUGGGUCGCCCUAAAAUCAGCACAGACAUCCUUAAACACAGAGAAUCUAUUCACAGUCUAAUCAACAAAUCGGCAAAUCCCAGACUCCCGAGCCCAAAUCCCAGCCCCAGCCCCAGGAGUAGCAUCAGUCCUAGUCCCAGUCCCAAAUCCAGAGUUAACAUCAGUCCUAGCCCCAGUCCUAAACCCAGAUUUAACAUCAGUCCUAGCCCCAGUCCUAUAUCUAGAGUAAACAUCAGUCCUAGCCCUAGUCCUAAAUCCAGAAUUAACAUCAGUCCGAGCCCCAGUCCAAAAUCCAGAAUUACUAUCAGUCCAAGCCCUAGUCCUAAAUCCAGAAUUAACAUUAGCCCUAGUCCUAGCCCUAGACCCAGGAUGGCCUUGAGUCCUAACCCCAGCCACAGCACCAGCUCCAUAGCCAGUUCCAGACCAACCAAGGCAAAGGACAGGUGGUCCUACCUGAAAGCUAAAAGCCAUGCCAGCCUCACAUCACCCCAGAGAGACAUCCGAGGUAGCCCGUCAACCCUUACAGACCCACCUUCAGCUUUUCCCAUCACCCCUUCAAGUCCCCUUUACACCAACAGUGACAGCCUGACCGUCCACACGCCCAUUAAGAGGAAACGAGGCCGUCCCAAGAAGCAGCCACUCCUAACAGUGGAAACCAUCCAUGAGGGCACCUCUACAUCUCCACCAAGCCCACUAGCACAGGAUAUAUCAGCAGGGCUAAACAGCAGGAAGAAGACACAUACGCUAAACACAUUAGUGCAAAUGACAUCCACGACCAUCAGUGCCAAUUCUAACAGUCUGAAACUAAAGCGCGGUCGAGGGCAUUCCAGGCCAGUGAAUAAGAUGAAGCUUGGGAAAAUGCAGAGCAUCCUGAAUGAGAUCCUCUCCGGUUCCAGUCAGAAUGGCAGUCUGCCUCUGAAGUCAGCCUCUGCCCCUGUCACCUCAGCAAUGAGUGCCAUGGCAUCCACCAUUGAGGCGCGGCUGGGAAAACAGAUAAAUGUCAGUAAGAGAGGAACCAUCUACAUUGGUAAGAAGCGAGGGAGAAAACCCAGAGCAGAAACUCAAAGCUGCAACCUGAACAAAACCACAAGAGACAAGCCCUCCCUGUUAGUUUCCACAGCCAGUCUAUAUGAGAGUCCCACAGUGCCUUCCAACACCUUGUCUCCCAGCUCCAGCACUCCAUCCAUAAGAGCCAGCCACUCUGAUACCACUAUGCCCAGUCUGCAGCCCAUUUCAGCCCUACCCUCAAAGCCACUGAGCAGGGGCUUUCUCUCUGGAGGAUGGAAGCUGUCUCCUCCACGCCUCCUCGCAAAUUCACCCUCACACCUGUCAGAGGUGGCGUCAGUGAAGGAGGUGACUCUGUCACCCAUCAGCGAGUCUCACAGUGAGGAAACUAUUCCCAGCGACAGCGGGAUUGGAACAGACAACAACAGCACCUCAGACCAAACUGAGAAGGGUCCCGCCUCUCGACGCAGGUACUCAUUUGAUCUGUGUGGGUUUGAGGCUGCGGAGGCCGCAGCUCUGGAAGCAUCCAACAGGGGCAGCAGAACACGCUGUGAACGACAAGUAACUGCAGUUGACAACUUUCUGUCACAGCAGGAAAAAAAGCAAAAGCAUCAUCGGCGAAAGAGGAAGUGCCUGCAGAGCCGGGAUCAUCUCCACUUUCUCUCUGAACUGGAAGAGGUUGUGGUAAAGCUCCAGCAGCUGCGAGUGUCUCACAGACGAUACGCCUGCUUCCCACAGCACCCAUAUCCCUCCAUCUUUCGCCUCAACUUCCAUCAUUAUUACCCAGUUACCUAUGAUUCCUACUCCUGUGACUCCAGCUCAUACCUCCGCAGGAGUGCCGAUCUGAAGGCGAAGAGGCGACGUGGUCGUCCAGCCAAAGCCAGCGAGCCAAUCACAUCGAAGCUGCCUUUUGUUCAAGGAUAUAGUUAUCCGCUGGCAGGGGGAAAUUUCUAUGCAGCACCGUAUGCGAUGCCUUAUGCACCUCCUCUGAGUCUGGGCUACUUUCCCCCUGCUCCCUCGUUCUACCUGCCCCACCACUCUCUAGGACCUGCACCUCCAUCUCCCUUCAUGAGACCUGCUGUCCCCCCUCCAAAGGCUUUCCACUCCAGUGGACACUCCAAGCUUCAGGCUGGGACCAAGCUUCGCAGCUCCAGUGGCCCACUCCAGGGGUCGUCUGUAAGAGGAGAGGGUCUCGGCUCCCUGGGCAAUGGCAGCACAGGUGGCCUCACAGGGGUUCGCCUCCAUAAGAGGAAGCACAAGCACAAACAUAAGCACAAAGAUGAACCCCUCCUUUCACCGCGAGACCGGCAGGAGUUGGGUGGGCUCUUCAGUGGAGCUAAGACCACUGCGCGUCUCAACAUGCUGAAUGAUAGGAGAGACUUGUCCAGUCAGGGCUCAAAGCAUCUGGAGAAGCAGAGGGGCAUCGGUCGAGGCUCAAGCCUGGGAUCCAGCUUGGGGAUGUUUGAGUCAGACCAGCUGUCUACACACUCGCUUGCUGACAGCCACUUACACUCCCGUCAGACUGGACAGCCUAUAAGCAGCUUCAUGAGUAGCUACAGUAGCCAGUCACAGCGAUCAGAGUCGGCUCAGGAUCUCUUUUUGGGGUCACGGGAGGACGAGUGUGGUGGAAGGAGCAGGAAGACGAGACUGGCUGUGUUUGGAGAUCAGGGCUUAAUGUCAUUCCAAACAGCCAGGCAGGAGCAAGGACAGAUGAACCAGUGCUCCAGUCCCUCCCUCACUGGUGUUCCCAGUAAACGGAGGUACAAACGUCGCGAGGUGGAGCAGAUCCAGAAGGACGUCAGGAGAAUGCAUUCUUUGAACUUUGAGCAUGUGCAGAAAAUCCUCCGUGCCAAACGCCUCCAGCGACAGGCGAAAACGGGAAAUAACAUUGUCAAAAGACGGCCCGGACGGCCCCGGAAACAACCCGUGGAGGAAUCGGAACCGACCAACAGGAGGGUGGAAGAUCAGGUCGAUGGUCGGAGUUUGGACAUGUUGGCAGGCAGGAGAGGUGAUGUGAGGACUCUGGGGAUGCCUGUCCUGGAGAGGUGUGACGACCUGCCAGGUAGGCAGAGCCUCAGGCCAAACUUGACCCCCGAGCCUCUGGAGUUCUCCAAUCACGAUUCCAUCUCAGCAACAAUUGAGACAGUGGUGCAUCAAGCGCGGUCUGUGGCUCCGCUGGCCAAAGGGGGGAAACGCAGAGGCCGGGGCCACAGCAGGGACGAACUAUGGGCUCCCUCCAGUCAGUAGACCUACAGGAGAGAGCAGCUCUGUGACCGGAGCCAGUGCUGCAGUUCAAGCCUACGAGAUGCAGUGACCUUAAUUGUGGGACUCCUCUGUGCACUUUGACUUGUUUCUUCUCUUGGAUUUUACAGUGGGUGAGUGCAGGAACAGGAGGAGGGAACACUUCCUGCCUGUUCGCCACACCCACCAGAAGAUGAGCCUUUCAAUGAUUCGUUGGACCUUCAUUUACAAUGGCACUAUAUGGUACUAUUUGAUACUCAAUCUGAUGCUAUAAAAGUGUGUGGUACUUAUGAUAGUGUAGGACAUUAUGUGAUUCUCCAUGUAUCUGAUACAGUGAUGUGUAUGGUACUUAAUGAUACUGUAUCUGAAUUGUGGCGUUCGCCAUAUAUUUACCAGCAAGGGGAGGGGAAUGGUUAAUAUAAAACUGUGCAGCUCUGUUUAUUUUUGCCUUUCUGAGGAGGCUUGUCAAGGACAUGGAGUAAUACAGCAGUAAUUAAGCCACCUUACGCUAUAACCUGCCCCUGCUCCCACCUGAACCCGUCCCUUCUUCCCCGUCUUGCUCUAUCUGAGAAGUAGCUCGUACUUCCCAGCUUCCCUCGCCUCGUUCCCCCCGCUUGACACUCACCGUGAGUCUUUAGCCCUCCUCCCUGGUGCCUGCCCGCUCACCUCCAUCUACUUUUGUCCUCAUCCACUCCCAAUCAUGUUUUGCAUCUGCCAUUGCUUGUGCUCCCCCCAACAAACCCCCUUGUCUUGUUCAUUUACCCCCCGCCUGCUCAGGCCUGUCUGAGCAGGACGGUGACAUAAUAAGGCAAUAAGGUGGAUGAGACUGUCCCAGACUGUACAUAGAAAACAAAGUCCACUGUUGCCUGCCUUGUACAAUGGAGAACCAGCUCUUAGACAUGUACUGGCAUACCUACAGUAUAUUGAAUAGAAUUGUUGUACCAUAGACAAUGAAAGUUGUGUAUUGUUUUAUAACCAAAAACAGAUGUGGGUGCGACUCAAGACAAGUUUGUUUUCAGACACAAAGAACCACAUGUAUUCGUUCAUACACUCAUUAUUUUGUUUAUAUCCAGGGGGCAUUACAUACAGGAGGAAUAUCAGGUGUGUUUUUGGUAAACCUUAAACUUGGUUUAAUGCACUAUGAAAAAAAAAAGAAAAAAAAAGAGAGAAAUAUACACUUGCAUCAAUCAAAUGCAGCACUUACAUGCUAGUUCCAGCCUUAUGUUUUGGCCUUUGAUGGUGUGGAUAUCCAUUCCAGUGAGCAUGCAUUAUUUUAAUCAAUGUGUAUAUGCAGGCUGCGCAGCCAAAAGCGUUGAACCCAGGCCCCCCAGACUGAAUCAUGAUUGGACAGUUCAGCAGUGGGCUCUCAGUCAGUAUUUUUGAAAAUCUAAUCCCAGUCUUUGUACUUAACAUGAUUUUUUCAAUCCAUAUGCUUGGAGAUAUUUUUGAAAAGUGAAUCUAGUAUUUAGGUGUAGAAACCAAAGUCUCAGUAUUCAGUGUACAGAUGUGUUAUUUAAAAAGAACCUAAAUCGGAGUUUGACAAACUCUACACCAUGUUGGCACCAAUGUAAAGCAUUCCUAUGUGCACUCUAGAAUGUAGCCAUCUUGGAUUUUUUUUUUGUUUCUUCGUGUCAAUGUGUGAGCAUUUGUUAAACUCUAUCUACAGUAUCUGUGGCUUUGGGCAGUGGUUGGUGUGUUUUUCCUCAAAUAAGUAUUUCAGAAUAUAAGCAAUGGAUCAGUGUUUCUCUGUUUAAACAUUUGAUUUCAGAUUUUAUUUUCGGUGGGGUGGGAUUCUCAGUUGCAGCAGUUCAACUUGUGCCUUAUGUUUCUUUCUUCUCGCACCCAAUUUGCAUUCGACCUGAGAAAUAUCAAGACGGCCCCAGAAAUUCUACCAUAUAUUUAUACUCAUGAUUGUGCAUCUGAGUCUUCACAACGGUGACACUGCCCGUGUCCAACCCACAGCUUCUAUAUUCCGCAAGUCUAUCACGGGGACAUGGUGUUGUCCUUCUCACUGCUGCUUUUCAUCACCAUAACAGAACAAAGAAGGGCUGGACAUGUAUGACAUUACUGUUUUAGACACACAUCACACACCUGUCUACAUGCAGUUGUAGAAAACACAAACACCCACUGAGUCAGAUGUGUUACUAUCCAGUGGUAUUGACAGAACGCACUGUCCCAGAUUUAUAAUUAAAGAUCACUUACUCUGCCUGGUGUAAAAAUACAACUCAUAAACAGGUUAUGUACUUGGGGGGAGGAGGAACAGAUGAGGUUGUCAUGGAAACCACAUUCUCAUACUUUGUUGUUUGCUAUGCAUCAGGCUGUGCCUGGCAAUGACCUUAAAAGGAAUUUCUGUUCCGAGUCCACUACCUUUUUUUUUUUUUCUCCACAAAGACAAAAUAAGUGGUCCUUAUUUACCGAAUAAAAUGAACUCACGUAACAAGAACUACGAAUAAUACCAGUAAUAAUUUGUAAUAAGUUUGUGCAGAAAGUGACUAUCAUUUCACGAAGACUAUAGUUACUGCGACUCUAUGCAGUACAGCCUUAACCAGAUGUAAAACUACAGUAUUGAAGUGUUUGUUGUAAAUAGUGUUAGUAUGUCCAUCCUGCAUGGAUACCAGUUGGCUCGGCUAUGCUGGGACUGUCUCCUAAAAACCACGCCAGACCUCCUCUUUCCAUCACGACUGCUCAAGACCCGAGGAAUGAUCAUACAAAAUGAUUUGACAAAUUCUGCUGCACGUCUUCGAUCCAGUCUGUAAAAUUACAUAGAGAGCUGAAGUCAUUUGCCUUACCACACCUUUUGGAUAUAUAUACAUAUAUAUACAUAUAUAUAUAUAUAUAAAAAAAACACUGAAGUACAAUCGACCAAAAAUAGCAAUCCCUGCUGACUUGCAGUGUUUUUGCCUGGAGCUAGUUGGUAUAGUGCAGUAACAUGAAGAGUAAGCAGGAGGGUUUUUGUGUGUGUGGGUAAGAGGGGGGUAGUUCUCUGAGGAUAUGGCCAAAAAUAAACCCAUCCUAAAGUCAGUGUGCUUAACCUUGCAUUGCUGGAUGACUUUCAGCGGGUCUUGCAGUCUGUCGUGGUUGAAGACGAGGUCUAGACUUGUGGUCCAUGAGGUGUCGAGACGGAACGCUUGGCAGCUUACUCCUCCAUACUGUGGUCAGUCAGUGGUCUCUGCUGUACGAGUUUAAAGACCCCAGGUUUUGUCUGUCCUGUCCUGUCCUGUCCUGUCUGUCACUCCUACCAGCCAAUGCUCCGGUGCCUUCUAACACUGACAAGUAUUGUCCCAAUCCAGAGCUUUCACUCUACACAGAGACUGCAGAGGGGGGGACGUGUGGCUGUGAAUAGGGUUCAUGGUCGCUGUUGUUGCUUGAUCUUUUACCUUGUCUUUGGUGCCAGCAUCAAGGGCAGUGCCGCAGUGGUUUGACCCUAAACCAGACCAGUUCCCACAGCAACUAGGAUGAGAUGUUAGGCACCUACAGUUUGAUCACACCCCACACCCCCCAUUCCUUAUGUAGCAUGCUGUGAUGAGUGUCCUACAAAUGGGGUGAGGUGAGGUGGGGGAGGGGGUCACAUGAAACAGAGCCUCAUAAAUGUACAUGCAGUCAUCGUCACAGCGUAUGUUACACUUCUAAGCUAUAAUGUUGUUCAAAGCUGAAGCAUCGAGAAAACCAAUAAAUGUACUUCUUCAGAGCACAAAGUGAGCUCUUCUAACAGUGUGGGCAUAUUUUAGUUUGUAUACAUAGUGUAUUUGAACCUUUUUCUAGAGUGGGUUUCCUUUAUUUGCAUGCUCAAUUUGAUUGUAUGCAUAAAUAUUUUAGACAAGCCGAAAGUUGAAUUUCAAUGGAAUUUGAAACCAGACUUGUACAUUGUUUGAUAUGUUUCUUUUUGUAAUGAAUUUUUUAAUUCAUGAAGCAUUUUUGUACAUUGUAUGAAUAUUAAAAACUGCAAAUAUUUGACAUAUAGAGUAAAUACUAGAUGCGCAUGCAUAUGCAUAUAUCCUUCACAGUAUGUAUGUGUAAAUGUACACAUAUAUUUUGUAUUUGCAAUUGCUGGCAUACAGAUAUAUGUCUUAAGUACAUAUAUACAUGCAACGUAUAUGUAUAUUCAUGUCCGCUGGCAUGCUUUUGGUCAUGUUUAUCUUCCAUGAUCUUGUAGGUUCAUUUUUAUUUUAUUUUUUUUCCCCCCAUUUCUCUUUCCUCAGAGAGAAAAGCUCAUUUUUUUGCUACCCUUCUGUUGGCUGGCAGCAUUGAGCACUUAUUAAGAAGAACUACCGUUGAAGUUGUUCAUGUUAUCCAUUGUGUGAAAUAAUAAAUGAAUUUAUUGACAGUU